CAUGUACAGUGUUAUUUAAUAUUGUGGGUUAUUAUUGUUGUACUUGCGGAUUGGUUUCAAGUGGUUCACUCGCAAAGUUGCUACCACUCUUUUUUACCAACCACAAUGUGAUGGGAAAUACGCAGAAGAAAUAGAAUGAAUGAAACGUGGACAGAGGAAAGCGCAGUUAUGAAGAUGGUCAGAAUCACUUUUAGGGAAAUCGCCCUUCAAAGAAAAGGAAAGUACCACGAGUCGAGAAGCCGAACGAUGUCACGAUGGCCAAAGAAAGACUUCGGCUGAGUGAGGAGAGCCAAGAGUGGAGGAUCAGCUGCUGCAGCCACGCCUCCUCCUCCUCCUCCUCUGCUCAGGCACCUGGCUCCGUCCUCUCCCAGUCAGCCAGUUGUGCUGUAACGGGGCGGAAUCCAGACAGCGCCGGCACAAAAAACCCGCUGCUCGAGACGAAAUCCAGGCGAAUGGAGGAGCGGAAGAGGAGAAUGUGACAACUGCUUGAUGCGGACAGAGAGCGUGCGUGGCUACACUGCCUUUGGGGAGGCCUCGUCUCUGUGCACCUGUCCCUCUCCGUCUCCUCCUUUAUCUCUCCCUCACACACUCUCUCCCACACACACGCGUCGCCGAGCGCUCACACACAGACGCGGCUCAAGCGGGGGAACAUGACUUCAUCCUACAAUCUGGAUUUUCUGCCUGAUAUGAUGGUGGAGAGCCGACUGCUUGUUCCCGGAGACAGAAUCAACGGCACAGCCGGGAAGAUGAAUGGGGCGCUGGAGCAUUCGGACCAGCCAGACCCGGACGCCAUCAAGAUGUUUGUGGGACAGAUCCCGCGCUCCUGGUCAGAGAAAGAGCUGAAGGAGCUGUUUGAGCCGUAUGGUGCCGUCUACCAGAUCAAUAUCCUGCGAGAUCGCAGCCAGAACCCUCCACAGAGCAAAGGCUGCUGUUUUGUCACGUUUUAUACAAGGAAAGCUGCCCUUGAAGCCCAGAACGCACUGCAUAACAUAAAGACUUUAACAGGGAUGCACCACCCAAUCCAGAUGAAGCCUGCAGAUAGUGAGAAAUCGAACGCAGUGGAAGACAGGAAGUUGUUCAUCGGCAUGGUGUCUAAGAAGUGCAACGAAAACGACAUUCGGGUCAUGUUUUCUGCGUUUGGGCAGAUUGAAGAGUGUCGUAUCCUCAGAGGGCCCGAUGGACUCAGCAGAGGAUGUGCGUUUGUCACGUUUUCUACAAGAGCUAUGGCACAGAAUGCAAUCAAAGCCAUGCACCAGUCUCAGACCAUGGAGGGUUGCUCGUCUCCCAUCGUGGUGAAGUUCGCAGACACACAGAAGGACAAGGAGCAGCGACGUCUGCAGCAGCAGCUGGCGCAGCAGAUGCAGCAGCUCAACAGCGCGACCACCUGGGGGAGCCUUACGGGCCUGGGCGGCCUCACCCCGCAGUACCUGGCUCUUCUGCAGCAGGCCACCUCCUCCGGUAACCUGGGAGCCUUCAGCGGGAUCCAGCAGAUGGCCGGUAUGAGUGCUCUGCAGUUGCAGAACCUGGCCACUUUAGCGGCGGCGGCGGCGGCGGCCCAAAACUCAGCCAGCCCCUCCACCGCAAACCCCCUGUCCUCCAACGCCGCCUCCCUGGGAGCAUUGGCCAGCCCAGGAACCACGGCAGGUACCAACGCCGGAGCAAUGAACUCGCUGACCUCUCUGGGCACCCUGCAGGGCCUGGCAGGCGCCACUGUGGGCCUGAACAACAUUAAUGCACUAGCAGGUAGCGUCAACAGUAUGGCGGCACUAAAUGGCGGCCUGGGCGGCGCAGGGCUCACCAACGGGACGGCAGGAACCAUGGACGCGCUGACGCAGGCUUACUCAGGGAUCCAGCAGUAUGCCGCCGCAGCGCUGCCCACCCUCUACAGCCAGUCUCUGUUGCAACAACAAGGGGCUGCAGGCAGCCAGAAAGAGGGUCCAGAAGGUGCCAACCUGUUCAUCUACCACCUUCCCCAGGAGUUCGGAGACCAGGACAUACUGCAGAUGUUCAUGCCUUUCGGAAAUGUGGUUUCUGCCAAAGUCUUCAUUGACAAACAGACAAACCUGAGCAAGUGCUUCGGCUUUGUCAGCUACGACAAUCCAGUGUCGGCACAGGCAGCCAUCCAGGCCAUGAACGGGUUCCAGAUCGGCAUGAAGCGGCUGAAGGUGCAGCUGAAGCGCUCCAAGAACGACAGCAAACCGUACUGAUCUUAGCUCUAGGGUCUAUCUGCUCCCCAUGUUAGCACUGCUAGGGUAAGUCCCCCCACAAUAGAGAGCAAAAAUGACCAAGAGAAAAAAACAAAAAAAACAAACAAAAAAACAAACAAAAAAAAACUGAAAACCGAGCCACGACCUCUCGACACAAGAGAUAGUAAAGGUGGGGGGUGGGAUGGAGGUGUGAGAGAAAGGAGUGGGAGUUGACCUAUAACCACCCUGAGGGAGAUACACACGCCUUGUUUUUUGGUUUUGUUUUUUGCUUUUAUCAAACAGUUUUUUAUUUAUUAUACUGUUAUUGUUUGAACACACAUGAACACUUCCAUUUCCGUCAUUACUUUGUGCAAUUUUUUUCACAAUGAAUGAACUUUUAGCAGCUUUUUUAUUGUUUAUAUCCUAUGAUUAUUUAUACAUUUUUAAUGACUACAGAAGGUCAGAAACAGGUUAAAGACUGAGGAGCCAUGAUUUUUUUUUUCAUUCUUAAGGCCUGGUGUAGGGGGUUUUAGUUUUGUUUUGGUUUGGUUUUUUUUUUAAUAUGUAAGCCAAUAUGCAUAUUUUACCUUUCACCUCCUCGGUGUUGGUUGCAGGCCCCUGCUGCUUCUCAAAGGAAAAAAAAAAAACAAAAAGCCUGCGAAAACCCGGGAGUGAAGGUGGCAAAACAUCAGUGGCCUCUGGUUUGUGGCAACGUCAGCCCGCCGCAGUUCCGCUUUACAGCCACAAAAAUAAAUUAAACUCCAGCGUAUUAUUUAUGUAAAAAAUUACCUUUUUGUUUGAUGAUGAACAUUUGCAACAACUCUUCUUUGGUCAGAUCACAUUGGUCUGUGUUGCAGAAGGGUGAUCACAGCAUGUCGGACAUUUACAACAUCCAGAAUUGCUUGAUAAUUGCUAACAAAAAAAACAAGUGGUAAAGGGGUAACUGAAAAUACUUGACGUUUGUUGCAAGAGUUUAAAAAAAAUCACGUACAGAAUGCCACAGGCCUGUAAAUUUUAUUUGUAAAAAAAGCAGUUCUAUUUUUAUACAACAUUUUUACUGCCUCAGAUGAAAAAAAAGGAUUUUAUUUAUUGCCUAUUGUUAAGUUAUUGGACUCCUAUUAAAUAUACUGCAUCAUUGAUAGACCCUUGUUCAAAAGUCUUGUGAAAAUUCGGUUCUUUGGCGUUUUUUCGUGUUUUUUUUUUUCUCAGAGCAGAAAUCUUGAUCAUAACAGAAUCCACUGCCAUUGAAACUGCACAGCUUAUCCAUUGAUUCCCAUUGUACCGUGUGCUGGUCAUUCAUUCCUUUCUUCACCAUGCUGUCUUUUCAUCAUGGGGCCACUUUGUGUCAGAUACUUUCUUCAUGUGUGUGUUUGUCUGUCGACCCUUCCAAAGAUUUUAAAAUAUUAUACCCUCCUCCCUAAAGAUAUUUUUCCCUACGUCUCAGUGAAGGAUAAAUCUUUGGUCUGUCGUGUUUGUGUUUGAGCUAAGUAGUAGACAGCUAUUUUCUAUACCACUAGAAAAAAAGUGAAAAGUAAAUGUUGUUGUUUGUUGUUGUUUCUCCUGAUUUACAAAAAAAAAUGCUUCAGUGGUGUGGUGUUCUGUGUGUAACUUUCUCCUCUCCCUUGUUUUUUCUUUCCCUUUUUAGAACAACCCAUCUCCAUGCCUGUUAGCUCAUCGUCUGCCUAGCAUGUCUCAAUGGUGUCCAAAAAAAACUUUGUCAAAAACAAAAAAUAACACCCCCAAAAAAGUGACCACGUUCCCCGUCAUUGUUUUCCGAUGUCUUUUCCGAGCUCACCUGAUCAAAAAACCUGGUUCUUCUUCGCCACCUACUGAUAUUUUUUUGGACUCUUUUGAUGUUAUUUUUCUUUCGCCUAAAUGUUUUUUCUUAUUGUUUUUUUUUGGGGGAUUUGUUUUUAUUUUUUAUUUUUUUGCAUGUGACCUCAUUUAAAAUCCAGGAGGGUUUCAGGGAGGUAGGCGACAACAGAGGGGGUACGUACGAAUCAAUGUGAAAUAGAUAUUACGCUGCAUUCAUAAGAAAAUCCAAAAAAAAAGACUGAGAUUUUUAUGAAUAUUGUUUUCUUUUAGAAAAACAAACCUGUGGCAAAGUGUCCAUUCAGUGUGCAUUUUCUUGACUCUCUUUUUUUUUUUUUUUUUUUAUCGUUCUUUUUCGUUUUUGUUUGUUCAUUUAAAGUAAACUUGAAAGUUCACAACAGGAACUGGCGCAUCGUCUUGCUUCUGGUGCCGCAGGAAAAGAAGGAAAUGGCGUGCCAGAAGCAGUCGGCGCCAGUUUCUCUGAGAAAUAAGACUACUUCCAAACAGUUUUGAAUAAAAACUGUCUGAUCAAUAUUAGACUCUCUCUCAGAGCUCUCUAAUGGUUUUUACAUUUUUCAGGCAGUGUAAAGUUUUUUGAUAAGGCCAUUUUAAGUGGCUCUGUUUCUCAUUCAAAGUCUAUAUAUAGAACCACUUUUCUAGUAGUAGUUUAAAGGUUAAAAACAAAAAAGAGACAUUUGCCCUGUUUGGGGGGGAGAAAUGCUACCUACUUGUGUCACCUUUUUGCUGAACUGACUCACAGAUAGACAAUCCAUGGUUUAAAUGCACAUGAUGAAAUGACCUAUAUUUUCUACUGUUUAAAUGUAUAGACGAAAAGAAAACCGAUACGUGUAACCUGCGUUAACGUCAGUGCUUCUCGUGAGUUUAAGUUGUGGUUCAUCACAAUACUAACGGUCUUACAUGUCUCAUGUUUUUUCAAGAGAAGACUUAAAAAAAACAUCAUUUUACUUGAACAAUAGACAAAGCCUUUCAUAUUACUAUAUCUGCGUUUAUUUUCUGUUUAGUUGCCUCUUUUUUAAGGAGUCCCUAUUUGAUAAAUUUCUUGUUUGUUAAUUGCCUAUAUAGAAUUCCUAAAAAUAUAUAUAAAUAUAAGUAUAUAUAUCUAUAUAUAUAAAUAUAUAAAAUGUCGGCUUGUGAAGCAUCAAUGUCAUUAUUUUAUUUCUCUCGUGGGAAACAAUAUUUAGAUGUGUUUUUGUUGUUCAGCGAAUUUGUCUUAUAAUGAAAAAAGACGAGAUCAGUGGAUUUUAGUGCCAAAUUCAGAAGGUACUUCCUGCCUAGCGCGUCUGUGUACUUCUUGUGAAAUUAUUUGAUAACAUGGGUAUUUUAUUAUAAGUGUUUUGUAUGGAUCCCACAUAUUUAAAAUAUAGAUUUAAAAAAGAGUUUGUUAACUUGCUAUUCUGUGGUCUUGUUGCCUGAAAAUGUCAUGUUUGCUUUUCUUUCUUUGUAAAGAUGUAAAAAAAAGUGCCCAUGUGUCAUAAACAUAUAUAUAUAAAUAUAUAUCUAUAUACACUCACACACGGACACACACUCUCGUGCAGACCUCACAGUUUACUUUUUUGUGGUACAUGAGAGCCCCUGAGUGUGAACGCCUCCACAGCGAUCGCGAUCACCCGCAACCGUGCGCACUCUAACAAUGCACACCCUCAAAAAACAAAACAAAAAAAAUAAAAAAAAUCAUGCACUGAUCUUUUUAGCCAUUGUACAGCCGAUUUCUUCAUCAAAGCCUUACCACAAAUCUUUGCACUCCUCUCUCUAUUAUAACUCACAGACAUACAUCAGACCUCGGCGUGUAUCGUUUGGAUUGUCUUUCUUGCACACCACUUCUCCGACGAACAAUUGAGGUGAGAGUCAUACGCGAAGCCUUAUUUCUCUGCGUCCUCCUGUCCCUUUUUGCUGGAUUCAAAAGAUUUCUGAGUUGUAGCUCGGUGCCAUUUGUCUCAAACGCCGAGGAUCAUUCUAUAUUUUUGGUGUGCAUCACCUCAGUCAAGAUUGCUUUUAUGAUGUAAGCACAGGGCAAGACCCGCUGUCUGUUGAGGAAAAGCACAUGCAGCCGUCAGAGGAAGGCGGGAUGGUCCGACGUUCGUUUUUACACAAACAUUUUAUCCUUUGUGAUGUUGUUGGGGCCAAAAUCGUGUUAAAUGCCAAAGUGUGUUGUUGACAUUUUCAUAGUCGAACAGUUUACAUGGCACAAUGUUGUCAGUCUAUUCAACUGCCCCCUCCCUUAAAGACUAUUUUAGGGUCUGCAAAAAAUAAACAAAUAAAAAAAGACAACAUUAUUUUCUACAGAAGCUCACCAGUCGCCUUAAACAGGGAGUGUCGUACGAGUAGAAGAUGUUGUGAGUCUGUCAGUGAUAUGUGCCAAGUCCAGGUUUCACCUUCGUGUAUACUUUCUCACAUUUUGGAGCAGAGAGGUCAAAAUAACCUUGCAGUGUUGGAAAUAGAAAUUAAAAAAAUACCGGGAAAACAAUCCUUUUUGAAGGACGCCCUUUUCCGUUUGGUUGUUGUCUCCCAGGCAAAGCGCAGUUAUUAGAAACAGGGCUAUGUGAGGAGACGUCUUAUUGGAAUAGCGACAGGGGAAAUAAAGAGCCUGUUGGACGAGGAAGGAAGGGUCACGUUCGCCGGCCCGCUCAGACGAGAUGAAGCCAAUACCGCUUUCAUUACCUUCUCGGAGACCAAACCAAUAGCUAAGUUUGAGUGAUCCCACCGCCUGCAGACUUUUUGGGAAUAAAGUACAUGUAGAAGUGCAGUAAUAAAAGCAUCAUGCUUAGACAAAGAAGAGUUCAACGAGCAGUAUUAAUGCAGCUUUAAUACUUCAAACCACGGCAGUAUUAUAUAACACGACUUUACAUGCCGCAACAGCACUCCAUCGAAAAUAACAUACGCAUCGUCCUCUACUACAAAUGCUACUUACUGACCCUAAUUUAAUCUAGCGUCAAGGAUGCAGCGGCAGAAACAGCCUUACCGUGACAUACACCAAACUAGUUUACACAACUUGGAGAAUGGUCGUAUGACGGGUGCAAAACGUAUCAGGGCUGAUAGCAAUGUGAAUCUUACCGGACAAACUUAGUUGUCUUAUAUUAUCAUUGGUAGCUGUCUCAAGUACCUCGACUUCUUUCCGCCUGUUAGGUUUGCUUCUCAUACUUUCGACCCGUGGCAAGUCUAAAAUAACGCAGGAUUAAAUUGUGUUAAGAGAAGCAAUUUUCCCCUCUAGAUUAUUUUCAUCCUUGCUUCGUGGCAAAAGCGUCUCGCAUUCUUAUGCUACGUUCCAUUUGCGCUUGAAACUGUGAACUCAGGGGGUGCCUGAUAAAUGAAGAGAUUCCCAGCAGGACUUAGAACUUAAAAUAAGUUCUGAGCACAAAUGCAACGCUCUGUAACUACCAAUAAACCCAAAUGGGAAAAUUAUUCUCAAUCGUUUUUUUUUUUUUUUUUUUUAAUAUUCAUACACUAUUAGACACAACAGUUACCUUACGGUCCACGCGUGAUCUCCGGUGUAAUGGAGAUGAGCGACGUACCAAGUUGUGUUAUUAAAACCCAAUUAAAAUUGCUUGACCACAGUCUCGCACAAAAACAGCUGGCGACUACUGACGCGAUGCUGUUCGCUUUCUCCGCUCCUGUCUGUCUGUUUUCACUUUUCCGAACGAUGUUGUGAAUUGCCAAAAUCUCACCGAGUCGCACACAGCCUGAAGUUGCACAGUCUCGUGUGAAGCAUCUGUCUUUGUUUCAAUGUCGAAGCACAACGGGGUCGUAGAUCCGGCGUUCCUGUCGAGCGGCUCACCUCAGGGGCUGUCAUCACCAAUGCUUGUUGUAAUCUUUCUAUCUUGUCACUGUUCACUUCUAUGUUCUCCUUUCUUAAGUGCUAUUUAUCAAACAAUGAAAUCUGAAAGGAAAAAAAAAAUGAGCUUGUCGUUUCUUUGCAUUAUGGCUUAUGUCAAGUUUUUGGAGGAAAAAUGUUUGUGUGUUUUCUCUUUUCCGUGCCGUGAAAAAAGAGCUUGUCGUCUGUAGAAAUUAUCAAUUUAUUCUGUUUCCUUUUUUUUUCUGAUUCUCAAAAGGUGAAGUUCUUUUCGGUAGUUUACUGUCUCGAGAGAAGCCAAAGUCAAUGCAUUUCAGUGGAUCCUGUAAGCGUGAUGUAUGUUUGUUUGACAACACUUGGAAAUCUGUCACUGGAUGGGAUUUAAAAAGAACAAAAAAUGCAGGCUUUCCUAUUUCUACAACUGAUUGUACUUAUGCAUUUUGUACCAGUGGAAUUUUUUAUACUGGAGAUUAAAGGAUACAAGAAAAAUCUUAGAAAAAAGCUGUCUGGCCUGGUGGUGUGGCCUGACCGUGACCGGUCCGCAGAAUGAUUUCGAGCUGGCAUCAAGAACGUUGGCUUUUGAUAUAAGAUUUUCUAGAAGAUCUUUGGCUUUAUUUCUUUCACUUCUUUUUCCUCACUCAAUGUUUCUUUCUACUUUUUAUUUAUUUCGUUUUUUGUUUUUUUUCCGAAGACAAAAAAAAACAAACAAAAAAAGCAAGUAAACCAAUUUUCUUUAUUUUUUUCUCUAUGACUAGCAAGUUUGUCUAUACAACAGGGGUAAGUUUCAUUUGACUUUUGUAUUGUGCCGUCUACACGAUAAGACAAUUAUAGAAAAAGAAGGAAUAGUAAUAUUUAGUCACCUUCCGUGGAUUAAUGUAUUAGUUUAAUAAAGAGAUUGACUUAUUAGAUUUUUUUUUAUUUUAAUUAUUAUUACUAAUUAUUAUUUUUAUUUGAUUUCUUUGCUUUAGCUAUUUAGAUUUUUCCGGUUUCUCUGUCCUUCUCUGUGUACUAACUGUGUAGCUGAAGCAGUCAGAAUUAUUUUUGUAAACGUAUGUUCUUGUGUGAUGCAGUUUUUUGCUUCUGUCUCCUAUAUUAAACCAUUUUUCCUAAUA